AUGCCGACAAGAUGGCGGGCGGCUUAUGUGGGCUGCAUCCUGCUUGCAACGGCUGAAGGCAAGACUCACUCGAGCAACUCUACCGGCUCAGCUGUCACACUGGUCGCAUCUUAUGCGAGAUUAAAUGCUGUGGAACUUCACAACGUUUCUCAUCACUCAGCAAGACAAAUUGACCCAUCCGUGCCGACAUCUUCCAGCUACGACUAUUGGUGGCCCUAUCCGGCUGGAGGGGCAACCACAAGUACUGUAGCCCCUUUCCCCGCAUCAACCACCCCGAUAGCAGUAAGCACGACACUUCCAUCAGGUGGCAUCACAACUGUUCUCCCUUCUUCUAUAUCCUCCUACCAAUCUGUUGUUCUCGCCAAUUCCACUCUUUCAUCCUCUGCGAUUUCUACACCUUCAAUUACCUCUCCUUCGAACAUAACCACCAUAACCGCCCUCCCCCCAUCUUCAACUCCGGCUAGUCAUCCACACAAGCACAUCGAAGUCAAUCCUCUAUACCUCCUCCCCGUCUUCGCUCUCCUCGGGAUCUCAAUGGGCUCACUAUUCAUCUGGGGCAUCUCUCGCUGCUGCUGCAAGCGAGCAAAGGGAGAAGAGGACUGCGUCUCGGGGCCGCGAUAUAUGCCUGCCCAGGGCGACGAGGCGCAAGCAGAAGACGCCGAGGCGGAAAGGGAACGAAACGAGAAAGCACAGUGGAUGUCUCGCGAGCAGUCCCGGUCACAGAACAGCGAUAGCGAUGGCGCGAGGACGCCGUUCUCGUGGCCGAGUGUCACGCCGACGCCGAGGGGUUACGAGUACGAACGAGGGCGACCUUUCGACCGCGAUCACGACGAGGAGCUCCAGGGCGAGGCGCAACAGCCAGUCCCUUCCCAUGUAGAUGACGCAGACCCUGUUGUCCUGCCUACGCAGGCUGACACGCCUUACUCGCUGUCCCUCCUGAGCCCCGAAGACACGCAAGAGAUGCAAGUCAACGUCUCCUACGACUCCAUGCGGCAGAAAUCCAUCCGCCGGUCGCUUCUCUCACGCAUUAUCGGCGGAGGCAGCAUUCACAGAACCCGCUCCGGCAAGGCCACGGUCAAGGAAGUGAAGACUGGGCGGGGCAAAGUGCCCAACACACCUGAAUUGGAGGAGGGCUGGUCGUUAGUACGGAGCCCAGAGUACGGCGAAGUCGAGAGUCCUUUGAGGCGAGCGAGGACAGAGCUGGCGAAGGAUCCGCGCCAUGCCGGGGAUAAGGGCCAGAGGAGCGUAAGUAUGCGGUACGCGCACAAACGGGCGGAUUCAGACUUCACGGUCGAUAUGAUGAAGACGCCGUCGAGGAUGGACAGGUUGACUACUGGCGGGAAUACCUCGGCAAUCGACGAGAGUCCCAGUCAAGAGAGAGACCCGACUGUAUGGGUUCCAGGUGGCGGCUUCAGGAUCGUACAGGAAGACCCUGAAGGGUGGGAAGACGUCCCGCUGCAAGCGACUGCCGAGACGCCGGCUGCAAAGGACGGCGAGAAGGAAGGUCAGGGCUCGUGGAUAAGCCUGAAGAACAUCGCGCUGGAGGUAUCCAAGACGCUCGCACUCGCUGCUACGCCCUCCCGCGUCUCGUCGAGCUCUUCGAGGGAGGAGCGAGACCACUACUCGCCUAUCCCGGUCCGCACGAAGAGGGAAAGGAUGGCUUCCCCAGUCUCCAGGACUGCCAGCCUGUUAUCGAGCCCGCAGACUCCUCGGUCAAGGGCGGCAAGUCCUUCCCCGUCGAGGAGGACUCCGCAUAGGACGCCCACGAGGAACGGCAAGAGGACGCUUGCCCGAGUAGACUCGGUUCUCCCGCCGACACCUGCGGUGCUCAUGUCCCCUCCUCUAGAAUCCAAGCUCUUCUUCAGCAGCCCCGUAUGCAGCCCAUCCUCGCAGGGUGCCAUGACCUCUCGCGCGUACACCGCGCACUGCAACUUCAGCUCGCCCACCCAUACUCCUACUAGAAAGCUGCAGACUACCAAGAAGGCACCUCUCCUCCCUUUCCCAUCCACCGAAGGCCGCUCGCCCUAUCGGGGCAGACUGACGAAGACACCCACUAAGCCUGCGAAGGUUCUGAGCCCUACUGGCCAUUCAACGCCUGCUCUGCGACGGCCGACUUCACCUGUGGAGAGGUACAAAGCGAGGCACGGUGCGCUGCACAAGGUCGAGGAGAUUCUGAGCAGGAGCUGGAGUGAACGGGAUGUGAGUGGGGGUAUACCCCAGAGCCCGACGAUGUUUGGCGCUAUUCAUUCUGUAGGAGGGGGUGAGCAGAGGGGGAUCGAGCAGAUGCUGCUCGGCUAA